AUGGCUUCCAAACCAACAUUAGCCAUCAUCGGAUGCGGAAACAUGGGCUCCGCCAUCCUGAGCGGGAUUCUCGACGCCACGCGCGACGACCCGACCGACAGUCCAUUCGGGCGCAUCAUCGCCUGCACCAAGACCGAGCAGUCCGCCGCCAGACUGCGCGGCCAAUACUCCAAGGACUCCUCCCGCGUGGAGUUCCGCGCGGGAGACAACCACCGCGCCACUGUGCGCGAAGCCGAAUACGUCAUGCUCGGCUGCAAGCCGUACCUCGUCGAGUCGGUCAUCGCCGCCGACGGGAUGGCCGAUGCGCUUGCGGAGAAGUUCAUCAUCAGCGUGAUCGCGGGCAAGACCCCGUCCGUGCUGGCCGGGUACAUCGGCGACUAUGCCAGUUCCGCCCGCAAAACGCCGGCUGUGGCGCGGGCGAUCCCCAACGUCGCUGCCAGUGUGCGCGAGUCGAUGACCGUGGUCGAGUUGCCGCCGGAGUGUACGCCCGCGAAUCGCGCGGGGGUCGAGUGGAUGUUCGCGCAGCUGGGGCAGGUCAAGGUGCUUGCGCCCGAGCUGUUUGAUCUGGGCUCGAUGCUGGUCGCCGCGCUGGCCCCGCUCUCGGUCGCUGUGGAUGGGAUCUUGGAUGGGUGUGUGGCGGAGGGGAUGCGGCGGUCGGAGGCCUCCGAGAUGACCGCGCAGUGUCUGCUGGGUCUGGCGCAGCUGCUGAAGAGUGGGGUCCAUCCUGCGGUGCUGCGAGAGAGUAUCUCCUCGCCGCGGGGGUGCACGAUUCAGAGCCUGUUGACCGUGGAGAAGGCUGGGGUGCGCAGUGCGUUUGCGGAGGCGAUUAUCAAUGGCACGCGGCACUUGCAUGAUCUUCAGAAGAAACAAUGA